CUUGAUACCACGAUUAUUGCACGUCGUAUAUGCGGCACAGCAUCAUCCAUCACCCCAUAUGGCCUCAAGCCUCUUUCCAAAGUCCUCGGUUCCAUACCACUCUGCAGGCGAGGCUUCCCAUUCUCUUGUCAUGAUAUACCACUAGGACGGUCUUCCCCCGUUUUACAAGUUCGUCCAAGGAGCGCCAUUCAAACAAUCUCUGCUUCUCAAUCAUGACGGAACUAUAGCGUAUACGUGGGAUUAGUUCCCUUCCGAUGGAACUAUAUGAUAGGAUUACAAACUUUCUGGUCGGUGAAUAUAUCGGCCACUCGGUUCAAAAGAAACAAUUGAGAUGUCUUCGCCUCGUUAGUCCACCGUUCAAUCGGAGCGCUACUCGCAUUCUCUUAUGUCACAUCUCUAUAACAAUGAGGCACCUGCGUGAUUAUAUGCAUCCUAUGAGACGCCGGCGUGCAAAAGGCCCAAGAUUUAUUUUUGACAGUGAUUUUUGUGACUUCGUCAGGGUUCUAGCAAUAAGAUCCCAUCCUGUGCGGGGUCGAAUAUUCGUUGAAAGAUGGUUGGACGAUGAGGUUGAGGGAAAGGCUUACGAAAACUUCCUAUAUUUCCUCAGCAGGAUUCCCUCGGUAGAGCGUAUCCACAUCAACUCCGACUGUUAUAACUAUGAGUACCUGCUGGUGAACUCCAUGUUCAAAUCUUUUCGACAUGCGCAACUCCCCCAACUGAAAACGCUCAAAAUCCACGGACUAGAUCCUAGAGGUAAUCAGUCAGCGGGCCUAUCACCGGCACUCGAUGAUGUUUUGCAAGAAUUACUACCUCAACUUCGAAUAUUAAACCUCCGUUACGACGGCCACCCAUCCCUAGAUAAGGCGAAAUUCCAUGUUUUUCAUUUCCUUCAUCUUGGCCGAGGGCUACGCUCCGUCAACCUGGACGGACUUGGAAGGCCGCCUAAAUACCCAUGCCCAAUGCAUGAACCCGUGCAUCCGUUUCUUCAUCCAUGCGCAAGUAUAGAGAGGAUAAGCCUUUCUGGGAUAAUGAUACCAUACGAAAUGCUGGCAACGAUAUGCAACUACAGGAAAAGUCUGGUUUAUCUACACCUGACAUGUGUUUAUCUCUUAACAGGUACCUGGGCAGACUUCUGCCAGGAGCUUGGCGAAUGCCCCAACCUGAAAACUGCUAUUAUCUCGUGGAGGUGUGGUUAUUAUUACAGAGUCCCGGGGCAGAAUACUUAUUAUUGCAGUCUGGAGCUCAGUGCUUCAGACACUGCCGCGAUGACUCUCCUCCGAAGAAAAGCCAAAAGUGUCCGGCGUGCACGCGGAGAAAAGACUCCGGAACUAGUUCCUAGACAUGAUUGGGACGAUGAGAACGUAAACUGACUUGGAGUAAGGAUUUGG